GAAUCUUAUCUUCUAACCACUCAACACGAUUUAAUAAUGCUGUCGAGUGCCCAUGACUUUUUCUUCAAUGUAAAAAUCUUAUCCUCCAACCACUGAACAUGAUCUAUCGAUUUCAUUGUCUUAUAAAUAAAGACUCAUUCUUUCAUUGAUGUACCAAUACCACAAUGGAUCCAUCGGAAAUUCCUUUUGACAUGGAUCCUUCAGAACUUCUUUUUGAUAUCGAAGCUUACAAAAGACAAUCUGAAAUUGAAGAAAGGUAUAUCCUCAACCAGUUUAGAGAGCGUCGAAAGAAAAUCGAGGAAGACUAUCCACCUCGUAGCAAGAGGAGAUACCACAAAAGAGAUCAUGCAGCGGCAAAUCAAAGAUUGAUUGACGACUACUUUUCCAAUCAACCUACAUAUGAUGAUACAAUGUUUCGUCGACGAUUUCGGAUGCGGAAACAUGUCUUUCUCCGAAUUGUAGAGGACCUAUCAAGAAGUGACGAUUACUUCACUCAACGAUUUGAUGCAGCUAAUAAAGAAGGUAUAUCUCCACUAGCGAAAUGUACCACAGCCAUGCGGAUGUUAGCAUAUGGUAUGGCAGCCGACGCAGUUGAUGAAUACAUCAAAAUUGGAGGUACAACAGCUUUGGAGUGCUUGCGUAGGUUUUGUAAGGGAAUCAUACAAUUGUACGAGCAAGUGUAUCUGAGAGCCCCAACUGAAGAUGACCUACAAAGAAUUUUGCAUGUUAGUGAAAUGCGAGGGUUCCCGGGAAUGAUUGGGAGUAUUGAUUGCAUGCACUGGGAAUGGAAAAAUUGUCCUAAAGCGUGGGAAGGACAAUAUACUCGGGGAGACAAGGGAACUACCACAGUUAUUCUUGAAGCGGUCGCAACCCAUGAUCUAUGGAUCUGGCAUGCUUUUUUUGGAUGUCCAGGCACAUUGAACGAUAUAAACGUUCUAGAUCGUUCACCAGUGUUCGAUGAUGUUGAACAAGGAAAUACUCCAAGAGUGAACUUCUUCGUGAACCAACGACCUUACAAUAUGGCGUACUAUCUAGCUGACGGUAUAUAUCCUUCUUAUCCUACUUUCGUCAAAUCGAUUAGGCUUCCACAGAGUGAACAAGACAAGUUAUUUGCACAAGUUCAGGAGGGAUGUCGGAAGGACAUUGAACGUGCAUUCGGAGUGCUGCAGGCUCGAUUUAAAAUCAUUCGGGAACCAGCUCGCUUGUGGGAAAUUUCUGAUUUGGCUAUCAUAAUGAGGUCAUGUAUCAUAUUGCAUAAUAUGAUUGUUGAGGAUGAACGAGAUACAUAUGUUCAACUCUGGACCGAUUAUGAUCAAUCUGAGGCAAGUGGAUCUAAUGCCCCACAACCAUUCUCGACCGAAGUGUUACCUUCAUUUGCAAAUCACGUGCGUGCUAGAUCUGAGUUGCGGGAUUCAAAUGUGCAUCACGAACUGCAAGCAGAUCUAGUCAAACACAUAUGGCAAAAAUUCAGCAUGUUCCGUGGUUAGAAAGAUUUCCAAGUUUGUGAGUUGUGUUUAUUGUACUAAUUAUGUUAUGUGUUUUAUUAUUUGUGUUGUGUGCUUAUUAAUGUAUUGUAUUAAAUUUUAAAUUUUCGUAAUUCUACUUUUUAAUAAUAAUUCUUUAUAUUUCAUGUCUUAAAUAAUUGAUAUUUUUAUUAAAAUUAUAAAAUUAAACAUAAAUUAUUUAAUCAUUUAUAUAGCUCUUAAGUAUUGUAAUUUAAUUUAAACUAAUAAUAAUUAUUAAUAUGUAAUUACAAAAUAAAAGAUGUAAAACAAAACAAAAAAAUGGAAAAUAAAAAUUGUAGGGUAGGGUGUUGAAUUUUAUUUUAAACAAACCAUUGUAGAGUAUAAAAAAUGAGUGGGUGUUGAAUUAUUAGUUGGAAGAAAGAGAAACUGAUGUGGAAGAAAGAGAAGAUGAUGUGGAGGGCGUUGUGUGUUGAAUCUAUUGUAUAUAGUCUUAGGGUGGUGUUACGUUAUGAAAAGACCCUAGAGAGGACGUCUUCCUAACUAAUGUAUAAUGUUACAAAAAAAAAAUUAUUUUAACCUUGUUUAUUAUAGAUGUCUUCUCUAUGCUCUUAAAUUCAUAAUGUUUGUUUAACUCCCAAAUAAGGAUAACUUAAAAUAUAAUGUACACAUUAAUUACUAGUUAUAUCCUAAUGAAAAACAAAAGAAACACGUGAUAGACUUACAAUAAGAGACAAAAAAAUAACCAUCUCACAAGCCACAACAUCUAGACAUUUGUAUAUUGUUCAAUUCGGUAUACCUAUUUGACAAAUGUAAUUAGAACAUAUACGUCAAUUUCCUUGUAACAUGUUAAAUAAGUUAUUAUACAACGCAAAAUAUGUGAAAUCAAAUUGACUAUUUAGUUAUAUAUUAGUACUACUUUUUGUUAACCUAUAUAUUUUAUUAUUCCUAUUUAUUUU